AUGUGGUGUCCCAAGAUAAGGCGAGUACUUGCUAAUUUGAGUCCACAAGCAGGAAAUAUUAUGCAUCCAUUUCCUUUCAGGCAAACAACACAGUUCCCUAGCCACACAAAAGCAUUGCUUCUACUGCUAAAUCUCAAACAUUCAGAAACUCGUUGCUCCUCUGUGGACAUAUCGUUCUCCAUUUGUUAUUUGGAUGUUAUGGAUAGAAACAGUACUUACUCUCCAAUCACAUGGCCGCCAAAGUUUUGGGAGCAGAUAACAAUAGCCUUCACAGUGUCCAUGGUGGUUGGACUGGUGAUUGGAGGGAUCAUCUGGGUGUUGUUCACCUGCUUGUCCCGUCGCAGAGCCAGCGCUCACAUUUCUCAGGGGAGCUCCUCAGCCUUCGGCCGUCGGUCCAGACCUUCUUCCCAUGGCCAUGCUACCGGCAGAACAGGAUUUUACCGCAACAGCAGCUGUGAACGUCGGAGCAACCUCAGCCUGGCCAGCCUCACCUUCCAGCGGCAAGCCUCCUUGGAACAAGCCAACUCCUUCCCCAGGAAGUCAAGCUUCCGUGCAUCUACCUUCCACCCAUUCCUGCAGUGUCCUCCCCUCCCUGUGGAGACGAACAGUCAGCUGAUCACCCUCACUCCCACCAAUACCACCACAACCCUUGUGGGAAGCACCAGCAACAGUUUAAGUCGACCUGAAUUCCACUGGUCUAACAAUAGUCUCCGCAUCUGCCACUCCACACAAACCCCACCUCCUGCCUAUGAAACAAUCAUAAAAGCUUUCCCAGACUCCUGAGCUAGGUCCUUGCUACAAACACACAUGUGCAUUUUAGGAGGAACCUCAAUCGUAUCAACAGUUUUCUGUAUGUGGUGAAGAUUUCUGAGAAGACUUCUGACUGCAGUUAAAAAGGAAACAUGCACUGCCAAGGGGCAGGUUACAGUGGUUUCUUGGAACACAAUGUCACACCAGACAAGGGAUCAAGUGUCUUUACACUACUGUCUGAUUUACUGCUAUGACAUAUGCUUGCAUAUUUUUAACAUUGUAUCUUCAAUUGUAACCGUUGCAACCUUAGAAGAAAGAAAAUACUACCACAUAAAAACCAGAUUGUUUCUUGAAGAAACAGAUCAUAUUAGGGGUUACUGGUAGACACAUUUAUGCAAAUUCCACUAUUCCAUGUCUGUUUCUUUCUUUGUUUGCAUUUUUUUAAAAGAAAUUGUAGUUUUACAUAUUUUCCCGAGGAUGAAAAAUUUUCAGAGAACACCUCCUAUUACUCAUCUUCUUACUAUAACCACAGGAUGGUUUGUGUCUAAGGAACCUUAGAUGCAGACCUUGUAGAGCAUUUAACAUCCCAGUCCUGGCUGUGGUCAUAGGCAUUCUGUCCUGCUGAUUGUAGAGGAUCUUAAAGGACUCCAUGUUAAGGCUGCUUGUAUAAAAUUCCCUCCACAGUAGGAAAAAAUGUUGAAAUAUACCAAGCUUCAUAUAGUUUCAAACAACAUACUAAACACAUGGUAACAAUUAUAAAGAAUUUUACAUCUGCAGCCAGCAGAACAGGUAGUCUCAUUUUAAUAUCCAGCAAGUCUGUGUGGGAGCAGAGCUCCUCAUGUUUGUUUCAUUUUUCUAGUUCUGGUUAUCAAGACAAGCAGCAUGAAUGACAACUAUUUUUUUAAUUAAGUUUCCUGUUUCACUAUGGGAUUACUCAUUUCCUUAUUUCAAAUUGUAUUGCUCAUAUUGUACCAGUGUUUAAUCCUUCCUGUCAAGUUAUUCACUGAAAUCUUGCCUUUCACUAAAACAAGAUUUUAGACAUCUCUGGCUAAAUACUGGUAUAAUACAAUUAGUUGAAAUAUAAAGAUAAAAAUGGAAUGUUUAACUGAGGUUAACAUAUUUUUGACAGUUUUAUGUGUAUCAUGUCAAGCUAACCCCUGGCUUAGUAGAGAUUAGUUGCACUGUCAUGAGAAGUCCAGGAUUUGCAAACAGCACAGACAAACAGGGCCUCAUUUAACUCUUACUGUAUCAGCUUCAUGUUAAAUAUUUCAUGUUCGAAUAAAAGAGUAAACAAUUUUCAUAAGUAGAAAAGUAAUCCUACUCUUCACUUACAUGGAGCCUUUUCAUCUAAAAGGGCUGGACAGCUACCAGUCACAGGACUCCUGAUUCUGAAGGGACUGGUCAUGUGCUUUUGAAGAGAGGACAAGUCGUCAUACAUCUUCUGGGAGGGACUAAGAUUCAGCAGCUUUUGAGAAUAAGUAAAAUGCUUAAUGACUUACUUUCUGGGUUUCUGGGGACUCGCAGCAUGCAUCCCUUUGCUGGGCUCAGCACCCCACAGGAAACACUGUUAGUGAUCUCUUGACUGCAGUCUUCCAGCCCAAUAUCUUAUUUGCAAACAUGACUACAUUCAGCUUACAUGCUACUACAAACAUUACUGUAAAACACAAGUAUCUUUAUUGCAAAGGCAAAUUAUUUUGCCUGUAUUUACUGGCUGCCUUUCAUUGUUUUAUUUUUUAGUGUGCAACAUUUUCCCUUCUAGAGGGAUGUAUGUCAUUGCUAGCAACAUUUCUAACAACAAUUUACAGUGUUUACAAAGCGUUUCACUUCAGACGCUAUGGAUUCUAGUACACCAAGGACUUGCUGAUAAGACUGCAAAACUUGUGGUUGCAGGCUAUGGACUUGAAACAAUCAUCCUCUGGAGAAAGUUGUGUUAUUUUAUUCAUUAAUAAUUUUGAUUUUUUGGUUUGUAGUCUUACUGAGUCUGGUGAACUUCAUUGCACACACAAGUGUGUUCACAGUGUUGUAGCUUAUUCCAAUGUGCCUACAAAAAAUAGAAUUCAAGGCUCCUCCUUUGGCUUAUUGAGCUUGGCAAACUGUUUAAAGAGACAACUUUGCCUAGAGUGUGUACCCAAUUGAACAAAAUUACUUGUUCCUAGAGAAUAAUUUUUAGAUGAGUAAAUUUCUACUCCUGGAUUGUAAAUGCACAUUACAUUACAUUACAGUAGAACUUUACACAGCAUGUUAUUGCUUGCAUUAUACUAUAUUUAGUAAACAAUGUAGAAAGGGAAGGUUAAAUGUACUGUACUGUAUUUUUUUCCUCCUGAAAUCUGUACUAGAUAUCAAAACUUUCUGUAAUGUUCCCAGGAUUAGGGAGAACAAAACCACAGAUUGUUUGGUGCAUAACAAGUAUGACUGUCAGAUAGCUAACUGCUAGUUUAAACAAUAUCUAAAAUGAAUGUUUUGCAAUUACUCUGGAAGAUUCAGAAUGUGAAAUAAAGUUAGAUGUUAUUAUCUCA